AUGACAAGUAGUUUGACUAUUAAUUCAUAUAAAAGUGACGAUCAGAAACAUUUAUUGGAUAAUUAUCAUUAUCUGACUGAACGACGAUGUUUAAAACAACGUUUAUAUCAUGCACCACUUGCAUUACGACGAAGUAUAUCGCUUGAAGAUAGUUCAACUGAUACUGAUAAUAAUUUAUUAGAUAAAAAAACAGAUAAAUAUUCAUUAAAUUUAAUUCAAACACAAAGUUCUCAAUUAAGUUCUUCAUUGAAUUCUCUUUGUCUUAAACUUCGACGAUAUCAAUUAUUACCUGAAUAUGAUGAAGAUAUUGCAAAAUCAUCAGAUGAAAAUAAUUUUAAUUGGUGGAUAACAGCUGCUCGUCUAAAACCAAUAUUUCAAAAGAUUGUUAUGUCGGAUUAUAAAAAUUUUGAUCAUUUUCCAGAAACAUAUGGCAAUGAUCAAGAUAUUACAUUCAAAGAUUGUAAAAGACAACAACGUCGCAAUGCUGUUUGCCUUGAAGUUGAUCGCCUUUAUUAUAACGACCAACUUAUUCUGUUUGCCAUGGUUGCUAAUGAAGUUCAAUUAGAAUUUAAUCUUACAUUUUCAGGAUUUACUGAGUAA